CUUCUCAGCUUCACCGUCCGAGGGGGGUGGGAAAGGAGAGAUAGGGGCGGGCGAGAGGAAAACACUCUCAAAAUAUAUUGAAAAGAAAACAUCACCCUUGGCAGCGAGUGCGCGGGAAGUUCGGCGCGCGAGUUCCGGGUUUCCCGCCCGCCCCGCCGGCCGCACCGGGUGAGCCCCCAGACCCCGCUCCGCGCUGCCUGCCUGCCGCGUCCAUCCCCGCGUCCGUCCGUCUGUCCGCUUCCCCAUCCCCCAUCCGCCUUCCCCGGGCCUCGCUGGAUCUGCGGGUCGGAGACUAGCGGAGGCUCCGAUCCCCGCAGCCCCCGGAUUCCCGGCCGCAGCGCGUAUCCCCGGCGCCUGCACAACCCGGUCCCCGGCGGCUCCGGGAUCUGGCCGGGCCCCACGCUUCGCGUCCUGGCCGCGGCCUCCAAGGCCACUUGUGGAGCUCCAGUCCCCACGGCUGUAACUCUAAACUAGCCGGAGCGAGGCCUAUUUUUACUCGGAAACCAGCCACCGGAGUGUGCGUGCGGAGCGCUGCGGCUGCUGGACUGCGGGCCAGCCCGCCACUUGAGGCUUUUGCGCACCUUGGCCGGGAAGGAACGUCUCCUGCCAGCCACUCUCCGCGGUUUGAAAGUUCUGUCUCAGGUUUCCAGGGAGGGCCUGGUUGGUUGGUUGCCGGGGGCCUUUUGGUGAGCGUAUUGCUUGAGCCUGGGGGAGCUGUCCCUGAGCCCCAUCUCUCCAGCUCUGAGCUGUGAGCCCAAGGACACCAGGCUGAGUCCGGGCCCAGGUGUGGCUUGGCUACCCUCCUGCAGGAAUAUCUAUCUGUGAGAGCUUCUGGGGCUAGGGUCUCGCAGUUUGGGGGCAACAGCAACAUGAGUGUCGAUGCCAAGUACCGCCAAGCCUCCCUGUAUGUGGGCGACCUCCAUGCGGACGUCACCGAGGAUAUGCUGUUCAGGAAGUUCAACCCCGUGGGGACUGUGCUGUCCAUCCGCAUCUGCAGGGACCUGGUCACCCGCCGCUCUCUGGGCUAUGCCUACGUGAACUUCCUGAACCUGGCCGAUGCCCAGAAGGUCCUGGACACCAUGAACUUUGAGGUGAUACAAGGCAAACCCAUCCGGCUCAUGUGGUCUCAGCGUGACGCCUACUUAAGGAAAUCUGGAAUUGGGAACGUGUUCAUCAAGAAUCUGGACAAAUCCAUUGAUAACAAGAUGCUUUACGAACAUUUCUCAGCCUUUGGGAAGAUCCUGUCCUCCAAGGUGAUGAGCGAUGAACAGGGAUCCAGGGGCUACGCAUUUGUGCACUUUCAGAACCAGACGGCCGCAGACAGGGCCAUCGAGGAGAUGAACGGGGCGCUGCUUAAGAACUGCAGGCUGUUCGUCGGCCCAUUCAAAAACCGCAAGGAACGGGAAGCUGAGCUCCAAAAUAAAGCCCAUGAAUUCACCAAUGUUUACAUCAAAAACUUUGGAGAUGACAUGGAUGAUGAGAGACUGAAGGAAGUUUUCAGCCAAUACGGCAAAAUCGUGAGUGUUAAGGUGAUGACCGAUUCCAGCGGGAAAUCCAAAGGCUUUGGCUUUGUGAGUUUUGAUACCCACGAGGCUGCCCAAAGGGCUGUUGAAUAUAUGAACGGGAAGGACAUAUGCGGACAGAUGGUUUUUGUAGGCCGGGCGCAAAAGAAAGCCGAGCGACAGGCCGAGUUAAAGCAAAUGUUUGAGCAGGGGAAGCGAGAAAGAUAUGGGCGGUGCCGUGGGGUGAAGCUCUAUAUUAAAAACCUCGAUGAGAGCAUUGAUGAAGAACAACUACGGCGGGAAUUUUCUUCGUUUGGAUCAAUCAGCAGAGUCAAGGUAAUGGAGGAAGAAGGACGAAGCAAAGGGUUUGGCUUGAUCUGCUUCUCCUCUCCAGUGGAGGCCGCUAAAGCGAUGGCUGAGAUGAAUGGUCAGGUCCUGGGCUCCAAGGCGAUCAACAUCGCCCUGGCCCACCGGGCCUAGGACGGACUUCCUCCGCCAGCCAGUGAAUGCAGCAGGUCGGGGAAUGAGCAGUCUCCGCCUGCAUUGUCCUCAGUCAAGUUUCAUUCCCAUGUGGUGUCCGCUUAGUAAACUGUGAUAAAAGGUUUUGUCUACAAAGCUAUUUUUUUUCUUUUGAGGAAAAAUAAAUGGACCUUAGAAGGUUGGUUUAUUUUACAGAGGCACAUCUUUUAAAAUACUGUAUAUUUUUCUUAUUAUGUUGUAUUCAUAGUGAUGGGUAUAAAGAGAUGCAUUUUUAUUAUACAUUUUGAACCAACUGAAGUGAGGUAAUGGAGUAUAUUACAUAUUUUCCCUUAUUUUAAUAUUAUUGGUUAGCUUUAUUUUCUUCUAUGGGAAUAUACUCAAGAUAGUCGUUUUACCUAAGGAUGGCAAAGUAAUUUAUUUUUGCACACAAAUAUUCUCUAAUUUCUCAUUGAGUUUUUAUUUUGAGAAACCAAAAUUUUAAAGGUGUCUAGUAGAAAUCCGAUAUCUGAUUUCAUUUUGAAUUAGUGUUUAAAAUACUAGAAAAUAGCUGAACUUCUUUUUUUUUAUUUAUGUCCUGACAUGAUUGAUUUUCUGAUGGCUGAAAUUAAUGAUGGAGAUUUUCAGUGUUGCCUACAAACCUGCUUUAUGGGAUAUUUUGCUAUUCUUUCUAUUGGUUGGCUCUAAUUCAGUUGCUUGCUAGUGAUCAAAAUUGUGACAUGAAUAGUAAAACCUUAACUUCUACAUUCCUUAAGGUAGAAACCUGUAUCAAUUUAAGCAACAAAAGUUGGCUUGCUGUUAGUUCUCUGCAUACCCAUAUAGCUUAAUAGAAUGCCUUAAGUUUCUAUCAGAUACCCUAUAUUAUGAAGUUCAUAUAUAGAGAGCAUGGAAAUUAUGCUGAACAACUGUGUUUAAGUGUCUGUUUUAUACUGUUCCAUGUAGUAAUAUUGUCUCAGGGUUCAGAAAAAAGUUGCUUUAUUUCGAUGAACUCUUGUCUCCCUUUAUUAGACCAUGAGAGCUAUGAAACCCAUCGAAGGUCAUUUUUAGCCUUGAUUGUCAUCAGAAGCUCACUAAUUAAUUUUCUGAUAAAUUGAACUUAAGUCAGCCUGUUUUCUAGCAUAAUUUUUAUUUUAGUCCCAUUUCUAUACUUUUUCUUCUUUGUCUGCCUUUCAUCUAUACCACUUAGCUCAUUUUUAUACUUUUAAAAAGGGCUUUAUUAUAUUGAUUAUUGCUACAUGCUGUUUGAAACCCACUUUGAAAAUAGAGACAAAGUUAUUUAUUUGCACUUAAAUAAUUAUUUUUAAAAUUCUACCUUGCUCAUACCAAAGGGGUCUAGAAAAUUACUGUUUUACUUUUUUAAGCUGCUUAGCUAUUUUCUGUAACCACGUAGUCAAAACUGUUUCAUAUGUUAGAAGUACAAAGGAAAUAUUAAAAAUUUAGACAGUUCUUUAGCUAUGAAAGAAUGAGAAACAGCUGUUUAUUUUUGUAUAAACUAUAUGUUUAGUAAUCACACAUUUUCUAAAUUAAGUCCUCCCCUAGACAAUGAAAAAAUCAUGGACAAUAAAAACAAUUAUAGCAACAUAUAAUCCUAUCAUGCAGAUA